UACACAUUACGUACCUAAGUACUUAUUAUAUGAACAUUAAACAUCUGAAGACAUCAUUGAUUCAAGGUUCAACUUGAUAACAACUAAUACAUAGUAGUAUAUCAUACCAGUUGGCGAUGCGGUAAUAGGUUUUAGCUAAUUCAGAAAUAAUGGCGCCAGAGACUGCAAAUCAGAAGCGCAAGCGAGGCCGUCCUACAAACGCGUCGCGCGAUAAUAUCGACGCGUCGGAAUCCCAGCUUGGACUUUCGACACAAGAUCAGCCAGUUACAGCACCUGAAAACUCCAGAGAUGCCGAUGUAGACGGAGCUUCACGUCCCAGGAAGCGUGGACGCCCAUCCAACGCUGGAACCUCCCGGAUACAGCCUGAGCCCGAACUCAAAGUUUCACAACCACAACAGACGACGAGGAAGCGCGUUCCCCUGGCAGUAGUACACACAAACCACGGUGGAGGAGGCAAUCAGAAUGCGGAACGGGAACCAGAGCCAGAGCUAGACCCUACACAGCCAAGAAAACGUGGUCGGCCGAAAGGUUCUCGAAAGAGCGACAACGUUGGAGAAGGCGAAAAAGAUAGCAGGUCAAACCCAAUAAGCGAAAACGCGCCAAAGAAGAAACCCGGUCGACCUCCCAAAGAACCUCAGGGCUCCGAAGACAAUCAAGCUGAAGCAAGUGAGGCAGACGACGAAAACGAGGGUAACUCGAGCCUCCUCCGACGAAGCGGUCGAGUUCGCCGGUCUCCAGACUUAUUCGGCAAAGGGGCACGAGAGGUGGUCAACAUUACCAUUGAAGAAGCAUCAAGUAACCAAAAGUCUAAGGGGCGUGAGAAGACAGCGCAUCCCCAGACGAUUGAGAUAGAAAGAGAAGCCAGACCUCAGCCUAAGAAAAAACGAGGUCGCCCUUCUCUCAAUAAUCAUGUGAUUAAUGAAGUGGAAGGAAAUACCAAGUCCAAAAACCAGCCCAAGAAGAAUGCCGCACCGCCUGGGAAAGAGAAGCGGAAGAAGUCCCUCGAACAGCCAUCGCAGGAACAAGAUGCUUCUAUACAAGAAGAUAAUCGUCCUGGAGCGAAUAGGUCUCGUCAAGCCAAUAAAGCAGCCUCGAGAUCAGGAAGACACAGACAGUCGUCUGAGGCGCAGGACCGGUCAUCGUCUCCAGAUUCUGCUGGCUCACCACCGCGGUACCGCCACCUCGCCACGCGCACACGCAGAGUCCCUCGUAAUGUCAUCGAAUCCAAAUGGACACCCCUUGAGGCGCCAGCUCUUUCCAGUGUAGCGACGCUUUUGCAAUCCACCUCCAGACCUGUGCUUCUACGCAUAAACAACCAACAACGGCACUCAUACGCUACAUCAGCACUGAAUGCUGUCAGCAACCGCCUACGCUCCAAGAUUUCGCGCGGCCUGCCAUUUCCGCCAGCGACCACAUCAACGCGGCGCGAAGAGGAAUUCGAGUUCGAGCGCACUAUCUCCGGGAUCCAGAACCUCGAGUCUCAGCUUGAUCCGCUACUGCACAGCGUUGAGCUCCUGCGCCGCGAAAAGGAACGCGCCGAGAAGGAGCUAGACCACGAGUAUAAGGUACUCAGUCGUCUCGGCGCGAACGCCCGCGCCGAAGCCAGGGAGAGGAGAGACCAGAUGAGGAAGAUGCACGUGCUGGUCCCCGAGAAGCCGCCCACUCCUUAUUCUGACGACUAUACCGGCGGGGUGGAAACUGCGGCGAAGGGAAGCGGUAGGGCGUUUGCUGGUCUCGUAGACGAGGAGCUGGCCGGUCUGGCGGGGCAGAUUGCGAAUCACAUGGACAGCAUGCGAGGGAAUCUGCAGCAGAUCGAUGGCGUCGUGCCCGCUAUAGCAAAGAGCCAGGGAUUACUGAGAGCAGCGUUGCAGUCUCAUUUGGAUCGCGAGCAGUUGGAAACCGUGAUACUUGGCUAGGUGGUGGAUUAAUAGCCUAGGUAGAGAUGAUACCAGGAUUCUUAUUCUCUGUCGAGAUGAAUCGAGUAAUGUUAGCCCCUGGGCUCUGCGCGCUCAUCCAGUGUAGCACGAUCUGAAUGUCUACUUUGAUCCUACACACGCCCAACAAAGCCUAAGUAACGACCAUAUCUCCACCUCAUAGCUUGGUGUUGUACAGAACCCAGGAACCGUACCUAGUAGGGAUUAAACAACAUCCCUUCACACGCCCAGUCCCUCUUUGACAAAGAGACAAUCCUAUUAUGACUAGAAUCCGACAUGUCAGAAUCGACCCGAGAUUCGGCUUUGU